AUGUCGAAACAAGAGCAUGUUCAGUUUCAUGCCGACCCGAACACUAUUGCACCUCCAUCUACACGAAACAACACUCAAAAAUUGAUUGCAACAACAAGGAUGAGAAAUGAUGACAUGGUGAGGAUGGUCAUUGUUGAUUUUUCAAAUUCGGCUUUUCACGAUGAUGAAAAUUAUGAUCAACAACACACCCAAAAUUUGGAAAAUUUAUUGAAAAAGAAAUUUACAUUGCAACAAGCCGGAAAGAAGAAAUGGUUAUUGAAUCGAGAAUUGAAAUAUGAGAAUUUCUUUCCAGUCGAAUUUAUGAAUGAUCAAGAAUUUGUGUUGAAUCACAUCGAAAAGUUUGGUUAUGGAUUAGGCUAUACAUCACCACAUCUAACCGAAGACAGAGAUUUUAUGUUGAAAGCAGUUCAACUCAAUGGAGGGUAUGCAUUGGGAUAUGCAAGUGAAAGCAUUAGAAAUGAUAAACAAGUAGUAUUGAAAGCCAUCAACCAAACGAAUGGAAAUGCUCUACGGGGUGUACACAGCGCAGUCUUGCAGCGAGAAGUAGCGUUAGCUGCUGUACAACAAAAUGGAGAAGCAUUGCAAUUUGUUCAGUCAACAGAUUGGAUUUAUGACAAGGUAAUAAUUUUUGAAGCAAUCAAACAAAACAAAAAGGCACUUCGAUGGGUACCUGCAGGUUUUCUACAAGACCCCGAUUUUAUGUUAAAAGCUCUCAAAAUAAUAUUUCCUGAAUUUGGGGCUUUGGAGUCUUUUGACUAUGCCAACAAAGCAAUCAUGAUCAAAGUUGUGCAAGAAUUUGGAUUGUUGUUGGAAUUUGCGUCCAAUGACUUGAAGCAUGAUAGAGAUAUUAUUCUGAAUGCUGUUAGAAAUGAUGGUGACGCAUUGAAACUUGCUACUUGGUGGAGUCAUGACAAAGAAAUUGCAUUGAUCGCCGUUAAAAACAAUGGUUACGCAUUGGAGCAUGUCUCUAACGAUCUGAGACGAGACAGAAACGUUGUAUUGGAGGCGGUAAAGCAAAAUGGAAAUGCUCUUCAAUUUGCAUCAAAUGAUUUAAGGAACGACUAUGAGAUUGCACUAGCAUCUGUUAGACAAGAUAGUUGUGCUCUGGCUUACGUAGGUGAGAUGACAACACGUUAUCCUGAAAUUGUACUUGAAGCAAUCAGAAAAAAUAGCCAUGCCGUGCGAUAUGUUGCCAAGAGAGUAUUAUACGACAAACAAUUCUUGUUGAAGCUUGUCAAACUUGGAUGCAACCAUGUUCUACAAUAUGCAGCAAGACAAUUUACUCAGGACAAGGAAUUUGUGUUACAAGCUGUGAAACACGACGGCCUUGUUGUAUCAUGUUACGAUUUCGUUUUUUCUUCUGACAAGGAAAUCAUGUUAGAAGCAGUUAGGAAUAAUGGAUGUGCAUUGAAGUAUGCAAGUCGUGAAUUGAGAAAAGAUCCAGAGCUUGUGUGGGAAGCUCUUAAAUGUCAUGGUUACGUUUUAAAGUAUAGUGAUGAAUUAUUUCAAGUGAGAAUGGAUCAUUGUUAUUAUGGUGCUUAUUUAGGCAAAACCGAACAGUGUUCACCAAAAACCAAACCGCAAUCAAAACAAGUACAUGAUGACAUGAAAAUGAUUAUGGUCGAUGGAUGUUCAAAUGACACGAUGAACGACGAUUCUCGUUAG